CCACGGUUUGUCAGCUGCUUCUAUGACUUACAGCCUCAAACGCAUUUUAACUUCAGUUUCAGAUUGUCUUCGCUUAUUCACUUAUGGAAUUGUGUGUUUUUCCAGCAGUGUUGUGACCUGGGGUACCACGCUAGCCUCAACAGAGCUCUCAGGACAUUCUUGUCUGCUGAGCUAAACCUGGAGCAGUCCAAGCACGAGGGUCUGGAUGCCAUUGAAAAUGCUGUUGAGAACCUGGAUGCCAACAGUGAUAAGCAGCGCCUGAUGGAGAUGUACAACAACGUCUUCUGUCCGCCCAUGAAGUUUGAGUUUCAGCCACAUAUGGGUGACAUGGAGUCCCAGCUGUGUGCCCAGCAGCCGGUGCAGAGUGAGUUAGUGCAGAGGUGCCAGCAGCUGCAGUCCAGGUUAUCUACACUGAAGAUAGAAAACGAAGAGGUGAAGAAGACCAUGGAAGCUACACUGCAGACAAUCCAGGACAUAGUCACGAUAGAGGACUUUGAUGUCUCUGACUGCUUUCAAUACAGCAACUCUAUGGAGUCUGUUAAAUCCACUGUAUCAGAAACCUUCAUGAGCAAACCAAGCAUUGCCAAGAGACGAGCCAACCAGCAGGAGACAGAGCAGUUCUAUUUCACAAAAAUGAAGGAGUAUCUGGAGGGCAGGAACCUGAUAACGAAGCUUCAGGCCAAGCACGACCUCCUUCAGAAGACCCUGGGAGAAAGUCAAAGGACUGACUGCUCUCUCGCCAGCGGCAGACGCAGCUCCACUAUAAGAAAGCAGGAUUCCUCUCAAGCCAUUCCCCUGGUCGUGGAGAGCUGCAUACGGUUCAUUAGCAGGCAUGGUUUGCAGCAUGAGGGAAUAUUCAGGGUGUCUGGAUCGCAAGUGGAAGUGAAUGACAUAAAAAAUGCAUUUGAGAGAGGUGAAGAUCCUUUAGCUGGGGACCAGAAUGACCAUGACAUGGAUUCAAUAGCAGGAGUUCUGAAGCUCUAUUUCCGAGGGCUGGAGCACCCUCUCUUCCCCAAGGACAUCUUUCAUGAUCUGAUUGCCUGUGUCACAAUGGAUAAUUUGCAAGAGAGAGCGCUCCACAUCCGAAAGGUGCUUCUGAACCUCCCUAAGACCACUCUGAUCGUAAUGAGAUACCUCUUUGCAUUCCUCAAUCAUUUAUCUCAGUUCAGUGAAGAGAAUAUGAUGGAUCCCUACAAUUUAGCCAUCUGCUUUGGGCCAACGCUGAUGUCGGUGCCUGAAGGUCACGAUCAAGUCUCUUGCCAAGCCCACGUCAAUGAACUGAUCAAAACCAUCAUCAUCCAACAUGAGAACAUCUUCCCAGGACCGAGGGAGCUGGAGGGUCCAAUGUAUAGCAGAGGUGGAAGCACUGAGGAUUACUGUGAAAGCCCUCAUGGAGAAAGAGCCUCUGCAGAGGAUGCAGUGCAGGACGUGGCUGUGGAGCACCACACCAGCGAUGACGAGUGUGAGCCCAUAGAAGCAAUAGCGAAGUUCGACUACAUUGGCAGGACUGCACGAGAGCUGUCCUUUAAAAAAGGAGCUUCUCUCCUACUCUAUCAACGAGCCUCAGAUGACUGGUGGGAGGGACGCCACAAUGGGAUUGACGGCCUCAUCCCUCAUCAGUACAUCGUCGUUCAAGACACUGAGGACGGUGUCUCUGAAAGAUCCAGUCCGAAGUCAGAGAUAGAAAUAAAUUCUGAGCCACCGGAGGAAAAAGUGACGGCCAGAGCUGGUGCCAGCUGCCCCAGCGGGGGCCACGUGGCAGACAUUUACCUUGCAAACAUCAACAAGCAAAGAAAGAAACCAGAGUCAGGCAGCAUCAGAAGAGCCUUCCGUCAAAGUGACAGCCAUGGACUAGGUAGCUCAAUGGCAGAACCAGCCUCCCCAGGAGCCAUAGCCGGUUCCAGACCCUCAUCUCAGCCCAUUAUGAGCCAAAGUCUUCCCAAGGAGGUUCCAGACAAAUGCUCCAUCAGUGGCCACGGCAGCCUCAAUUCUAUCAGCCGACACUCAUCUCUGAAGAACAGGAUAGACAGCCCUCAGAUCCGGAAAACUGUGACGGCAGGGAGGUCCAAGAGCUUCAACAACCACCGACCCAUGGACCCCGAGGUGAUCGCACAGGACAUUGAAGCUACGAUGAACUCUGCUCUGAACGAGCUGCGGGAGCUGGAAAGGCAGAGCAGCGUCAAGCACACACCAGAUGUCGUCCUCGAUACUCUGGAGCCUUUGAAAACCUCCCCAGUGGUGGCUCCCACAUCCGAACCUUCCAGCCCCCUGCACACCCAGAUCCUCAAGGACACUGAGCCAGCCUUCCAGCGCAGCGCCAGCACGGCCGGCGACAUCCCCUGCACCUUCAGGCCAGUGAAGUCAGUCAAAAUGGCCACGCAGGUCAAACCCCCCGCGACGCGGCCGAAGCCUGCAGUUUUCCCCAAAACCAACACCACAAGCCCUGGCGUUGCCUCCUCUGCAUCUCAGCAGCCUGCUGACAAGUCCUGUACUGUCUGAUAAACUCGAUGCUGCUCUGUGGGUCCAGCCGUGUUGUUACAGGUGAAGAGACUGUGCUAAAGACGUUAGAAUUCCUAUUUAAUUGAAUCCUGAACUUGUGCUGAAGGUUUGUGGUGAGCUGCUCCCUCCUGCUGGGAACAGGCUCAGUGCUAACAGCCUCACCCUGGUGGUGUCCGUAAGGUGAAGCCUUUCGUGCCACGCAUGGGGAAUCCAAUAUCAGGUCACUGUGAAGCUGAGGAGGAAAACAAAACAGCACUGAGUUGGAUCUUGGUUUCUCCAAGCCUUUGCUUCAAGCGUUUGGCUGCUGGAGGGAAUAUUUGGCAGCAUCAUGUUUUGAGUACUGAUGUAGUGACUUUAUAUAUAAUUCUGUGUUUCGUCUAUGGCAGGGGAACAAAAUAGGGUAGGUUUUAGUCUAUUGCAUGUUUUGGUGCCACUCGUUUUGUGGAGCUUGGACGUGCUCCUUCUUGUGCUUUGUUACGACGUCGCCCGCUGGUGCCACUGUGGUUAAGGGUCUGUCUGGACUUCCAUGCCAUCCCUGGGUUUUGUUUGUUUGUUUGCUGCCCCGUCCCUCCCCGCAGGGCUUUUGGUCAUCCAGCCUCAUCUUUUCGAUGACACGUCAUGAAAAAUAGUUUCCUCUGGAACACUUGUAGGUUUUGUGGAAUGAUACGUGAUGUGUGUAUGUGCAGAUAUGAACAGAUACGUUCCUGGGGUCUAGGAGCAUAACAAAGAGCCCAGUUGUUGCUUAUGGACAAUCUAGCUGUUUUUCUCCUUGGCUUUCCCAUAUUUAAAAACAGCUUCAUUGUUUUCCAGUGUACUUUUAGCCCAUGGGCUGCGAUGUGGUGUGUGGGCUGGGGAGACUGAAUGUAAAAACAAGCAAACUUCAGAAAUCCAGCAUCCUCUCGUGGGGUCCCACUUCGUAACGCACACGUUCUUGUUUUGGUCAUGUAUCAGGACGGAUCCUUAACAAAAUCCCAGUGACAAGCACUGUAAAACUUUGACCACAAGUUCUCAAGCUCUGUAUCUUCCCCCCCUCCCUCCCAUUCCUCACUUCAGGGUGAGCUGCCCUGGGGUCUGCUCUCAUAGAGCAGCACUGCGUGGGACGGUGCCAUGGCAGCAUGCAGAUUCUGGAGUGGCUUCACGGCGUGCUCUUGGUGGAUGGCAUGCCUCUGGAGGAGUCCGGACAUUGGAAUGAACUUUUAGUACAUGUAUUUAUAUGGCAGGCAGCAAAUGCUUCAGCCGUCAGCGGGCUGCAUGAGCUCUGUUUGUGCUCUACUGAGAAUUGUCCAUGAUGCUAAUUAACACUUAUUUAAUUUUUACUAAGGAAGGCACGUGUGCCACUCACAGGAGUGAGGAGGAGCUCGUGGUUCUGCAAGAGGGGAGAUGGACUGACCCUCGCUCUGCAUUGUUCCCAAGCUUUUCUGGGAUUUAAAAAGUAGCUGCAUAUCUGAUGUUUUCAUCAAGUAAAUGCAGGCAAGGGCAGGAUAAGAGAAGUUAUUUUCCUCUUCCAUUUUAUCUUCUGGUUUUAAAUCUGUAGGUUUCUCACACUCAGCUUCCUUGUGACUGCAUUGUCCUGACGAUUGGCACUUAGCAAUUGAAAAAAGAAAGGAACAAGCAGAACUUAAUAAAGAACGGUUUCCUAAAUGUACUUUUCUCUUGGAUUGAAGGAUGUUACUCGGAGAAGUGAAGGGGGUUUUACUGUGUCAUCCCCACCUGUACAGAAGUCAUACAGCUGUAUUAUGCCCUGCGGGAGGGAUCCCCCAGCGACCAGCCAACAUUGCUCUCAGGUUCUGAUGGACUUCUACCACCAAGGAAUCACUUGGUCUUUUGGGGAAUAAGAACUGAACUUGCAAUUUUUUUGCUCAGGCAGAACUUUCUGGCAUUUACUUUACGUAGGGAAUUUUUGCUUUUGUUUUGUUUGGUCGCAAACGACCGAUUACUCUGUGUCAAGAGCAGGAUCUCUGUGAAAUUUACUUUGACUCAUUUGUAAUGCCUUAUUUUCUUUAUAUUUUUAUGCCUAGCAUUCAUGUUUCUAAGAAUAAGUGUCCAGCCACGCACAGCACAUCUGGAGGAGAUGCUCUUUUCUGUCUUUGAGGUCUGAACGAGUGGAAAUUGAGAGAUAAAGACUUCAGGUUACUCUGUCUGUAUAUGAAUUACUGUGCUUAUCUCUAGCAUCCACAGCUCUGGGACAAUCCUACUACCAAGAGGAAUAUGCUUAGCAGGAUAAACUGUAUACCGAGCAACUCAACUGGAAUUUUGGUGUGCACUGUGAUUGACACUUAAACCUACAGCAAGCAAUAUGGCAGACUGAAGAACUUCUCCUCUUCUGCGUGGCCUGGGCUUGUCCAGCCAGCAGGAAACGCACACGUAUGGGGGGAACUCGAGGAGGAAAUUCGUAGCUCGGCUGCUUCGCUCCGUGAGCAUCCCAGGCUGAGCAUCCUUGCCAUCGUGGUUUACUGCCGUGGGGCACUGGGGAGGUGGGGAAGGAAAACUGGAAAUAUCCACACCGCCCUGCAGAGCCAGCGGGCAUCUUGUGCGGGAGGUGAUGGUGUGGAUGAGGAAGGCACGGUGGUUUGCCUGGGGAGGUGUCACUCUUACUUCCUAUCUUCAUGUUCAGAAGAAAUAUUUGCUCUUCCAUGGAAAUUCUUUCAUGAUUUUUAUGUAAUGUAUGUGUCGGAUAUAAAGACAAGCAGUGUUUGAUAACUGGAAUAAUGUCUGUCUGUUUGAUAGUGCUUUGUAUGAACAAAGGCUUCUUGUUCAUCAGAUGUUGGAUUCAAGUAAUCCAAAGCAAAACUUUUAAAAUACGGUUUUAGGUGAGCAGUCUUAAUAGUUUGGGAAGCUGUAACCUCUCAUGUUUUAUUUCCCUUGGUGGGAACUGAGCAGUGUGCUUUCAUGGUUGCUAAAUUUCCGCCUCUCUGAGGCGAUCCAAAGGCUCUCAGUUAUCUCUUGGAGGGGUUCUUCAUGUCAGAGAAGAACAUGUCCCAUGUUCUUCAAUGGGACGUGAACCAACUCUCUCACUUGAUCUGUACUGGCAAUUUUCUUGCAAUGAAAAUGAUUAAAUAAUUAGAGUGCACUGUGACAGCAGAAAAAAAAAAAAACAACAUGUUGUAUAUGUAUGUAUUUUGAUACCUGUUGAAAAGGAGUCUUUGGGUUUCCUGUGAUGAAUACCUCAUAUGUUGAAUUUUUUGGGUUUUUGUUGAAUUGUUAUUGUUAUUUUUUUUUUUUAAGGCAAGAUUGUUCUUGCUCAAAAGUAGGUUAAGGUAACCGAGUUCUCAUAAAUUUAUUUACAGAAUCCAAACCCUUCAGAGUUCGGCAAGAAAUUCCAUCUGUUCUUCCAGUUCCUAUCUGGAGUAAUAUUGAGACUAUAGAGGUCUGUGCAGAUGGAGUUUGCUGCCUCAUUUCUUUCCUCCUGUGUGUCAGAACCUCAGACUCAGCUGAACGUUGUGUGUGCUUUGGGUUUUGCUGAGGGAUUUUCUUCCAGAUGUCUCUAGGUGGCACUUCAGACCCUUUGCAUCCAUUUACCCGAUAGACUGGAAUGCUCUGCGUGCAGAGGGAAGACUCGAGGCAGGUGGUGGUUCUCACAGUGCAUGGUUUGCUCAUCAGGCAGCUGUGGUGAUGGAGGAAGGCCCAUAGGGACAGCUGGAGGGGCUCCUUGACUGGUGGGCAGCUUGUGGUCCCUGUGCCUGGCAGGAUCCAGCCCUGACCUCAUGGAGAUGCUCUGCAAUGAGCAGAUGCCUUUCCUCACUGCUCUAUGAACCACCAGCAAGGGGAAAAAAAGAAAAAGAAAAAGAAAAAAAAAAAAGAACAUAGGGACCUUUAGGCACUCCCAUCACUAAUGGGGCGGAAUGAACAAACGAGAGCUUUAUUUAUUGUGAGGUUUUUAGUUGUAGCCUUUUUGUGGGCUCUGCUGGCCAUGGCUGGAGGUGCUGAGCUCUGAUGGGCCGUGCUGAGCUUUGGGUCUGAGCUCACACAUCACUUUCUGAGAACCCUCCUCCUGGAUCCGCUCCUGCUCGUCUCUCCAUUUCCUGGUACUUGAAACCAAUACUUGACCACAGCGGUGCUGGGCAGGGCUCAGUUCUUGGGGUCUUUGGGUGGACCUGGAGAUGCCAACGCAACUCAAGGCCUGAAAAAUGAUUUUUUUUUUUUCCUUCUUUUUGUGCUUCCUAUAACGUGGUCAGAGACGAAAGCGUCGCUCUUUGAAGAUGGGCCAAAAAGAGGUGAGGGCAGCUCCCUGCUGUGCUGAUACUUGAGGUACCACGCUUGGUACAGGGUAAACACUGAGCGCUUUGCAAUGGCAAGAGGAGGAUCCUUCACUUAAAGGCACUGUAGUAACUUUAUGCUUGAAGUGGACUUCACCCUUCCUUUCUCUUCAGGCACAGCCCUGUGGUUGAAUAAAUGAAGUCCAAUGGACUUGGAUUCGUGUGCGUGUGCCAAACUGCUGGAGCAAUACUUGGAGCAGCAGGUUCUGUACCAGACCAGCUCUAUGUAGCCAAAACAGGGCCAACACUGAAACCAUCUCCGAUGCACAUUGAACAGCAGCCACGUCAUGGUUCGACUGUACUGGAGUAAAAAAAUCUGACUGCAAAGUCUGGAAACUGCGUUCUGUUGGUCCAAAGCUUCAGUCCUGCAAUGGGCUCUGCGUUGGGAUUUUGGGUUGUUUGGUGGGAUGGGAUGUUCUUGCUUCAACAGUUUCCAUUGUUUCAUGUCUUCUACACCAAUAUAUAUAUGGUGUAUAUAUUAAACCGUGUAAAGUUGUACUUUGUAUAUAUAACUGUACAAUAUGGAGGUACAUCCUUUUUUUUUUCUUCCUUUUGGUACAGUAUUGUACAGUAUUUAGGAGUAUAUGUGUUGGAAAUGUUAAAUCCGUACUGGGGCUAUGAACUGUAUUCAUUGUCAUUAGCAAUAGUUUUGGAGAAAUAAAUGUUUUGGGUAUGGUGGAAACGCUGA